AUGAAUAUGGAAAAAUACAUUCUUAAUUCUUUAAGCACUGAUGAACGUACCGAUAUACUUGCUGCGAUCGAAGAUGCUUUGAGAGGCGGUAACGUGACAAAGAUGCUGACGGUUGAUGAGAAGGCGAAAGCAAUCAUGGAUAUGUUGUUCAAGUUCAAAGUGUUCGUGACGAAAGCAACAGCGGAGAAUUUGCGGAAGAAUGGUGUAAAUCGCGAAAAGAUCCAAUCGUGGAAGCCAGGAAAAUCGGAGUCUUUUCUCGAGCACAGAGUGGAAACGACCAGAGCGGAAACGAUAAAGGCGUAUAUGGCACAACUUCAAACUCGUCCUUCAGACGAAGAAAUCGAAAAGAAGUACGAGACUUGGAAAAACGAAUUAGAGAAAAAAUUGUCGUCGUUAUCGAAAACUGAAGGAUUUCGAGCAUACGUAGAUAAUACUGUUUGCAACUAUGCAUACGGUGUUCGUCGCGGAGAGUCCGACUCUGUGAUGGAUUCCGUCGAGUGUCACUUUUACGAGUUGUUUUAUAACGGCAUCACCGGCGCCGUCGACCCGAUGACGCGAUGGAAAAUACAUUUCAAAGAAAUUCUUUCGCCAACCGUUCGGUCUCAAGCGUGUCAGAAAGUUGCACGUUUUUGUCUUCUGACUAAACCACGUUCGAGUUCUUCGCCCUCGGACACCGACGUCAUGGACGACGAGGACGACGACGAGGACGACUGCAUUACUUCAUUACCGUCUUCUUUGAUGGAUGAUUUUUUCGAGUUUUACCCGGUUUGGAUUCCAACCGCUGAAAACAUUUCGGAAAUUUUACGUACGUUUAUCGACGAACUGAAGGCGUUAUACCAAAGAAGUCGAGGUGAGGGUGAUUUCAUUGUUCCGAUUGGUGCGUUGGCGCUCUUUCCGGCGUUUCUUUCGUGUUUUCGCGAGCUGACGACUACGCUCGGAUUUAAAACACACGAGACGUUUGAGACGCGCGAAGAGAGAAAAUUCUCCGCGAACGUACAAAUGCCACUUGGAAGUACACGUCCACCACCAGUGGUGCUAAAGAUGGAAGCAACACUAACUUCAAAUGCCUUUCAACGCCUCUCUUACGUUUCUAUUUUUUAUGAGCAUGGAAGCGACUUGAAUCAGGCAACGAAUGAAGCGAAAAAGAAUAUUGGAAAAGCUGCGUCACUUCUUCAGAACAAGUUAAAGGAAUGGGCGGAGAAAUAUUCGCCAGAGCUCGAUGAAGUUAUGGAUCUUUCCAUUGAUACACGAAGCAAGUAUGGCAUUCAUACGUCUCAAAUGACUCGGAGAGAGUUUCUGAAACAUAUAAAUUGUCCCCUGGUUGACUAUGUCGAUUCUGAUUACACGCGCGAGAGCGCCGCGAGAUUUAUCGUUCAUUUCUUCGUUGAAAUAGCGAAAAAGCUUCGCGACGACUUAUUCUUAUCGAAAGACCCAAGCGUUCGUUUGUGUUUUCUUUUUGGAGACAUAAACAGAAAGACGAAUAUUCGGAAUUCACAAAACUCGUUUCUUGUUCAGUUACAAAACUUACUGCACGGAGCGAGUGGCGGUGAAGAGCUUAUUGCAAACGUGCUUCUCAGAGCCAUAGCGGAGAAGAAAUUUAUCGAGUGCAUCAUUGGUGAAAAUACAGCGACGAAAGUUUGGCGUGAUAUGAUUCUGCGCGCGGUAUCCAUCGUGAAGCCGAAAAAAGGUAUCACUACUGUUUCGAAAUUCGACGCGGAUUUCCCACUAUUCAGUAUGAGUGCUCGCCGAUCGUUGGAAAAUUUUGUAUACCUUGAAACUGAUUUAGGAGAAAAGUUCCACGGUUUUAAAUCUUUGAAGACCCUUUGGACGGAACGAUCGCGCCAACAAAUAGAGAAGAAUGAUGGCUUUACCCGUGACUUACUAAAGCAGAAGCGUUGGAUGCUGGACAACAAAUUUCCGAAGAAAAUGGCCUUGGAUCUUAUGUUUUCCGUGAUAGUUAUGUACAUCGGCAUCAAUUCUUCCGAGAGUACCUACGCAGACGAGGAAAAAGAACUUAUGCUUCGUUGUGAAGACAAGCGCGUCCAGUCGUACAUGAAAAACUUCUUUAAAAAUUCGUAG